AUGCUUCAAAAAGCCAGUGAAGACCUUGAAAGAGAGAAAAAAGAAGUAGAAGAGGAGAAAGCCCGAACCCUUUCAGAAAAAGUUCCACCCUUACAGUAUGGUGGCCUGAACCUUCAGCAGCUACAGGAGUUGUGCCACAAACUUCAUAAACAGAUCGAUGCUGCAGAUGAAGAACGCUUUGACAUUGAAGCAAAAGUCAAAAAGAAUGGUUUGGAUAUUGAUGGCUUAAACCAGAAGAUUUUUGACCUCAAGGGAAAAUUCAAGCGCCCCAACCUGCGCAGAGUUCGUAUCUCAGCUGACGCCAUGCUCAAGGCCCUCUUAGGAUCUACAACUAAGGUUUCCCUAGACCUGAGGGCUAACCUGAAGUCAGUGAAGAAGGAAGAUGAAAAGGAAAAAAAUGUUGAAGUUACUGACUGGCGUAAAAACAUUGAAGCUAUGUCUGGAAUGGAGGGCAGAAAGAAGAAGUUUGACACCAGUAAUGCAUAA